AAGGAGGGAGGGAGAAAAGGAGUGAAGGGGGGGAGAAAUGGAAUCGCCACAUCCUCGCGAAGGGUGAACAUUUACGCGCAAUUCAGCGGCUGAUUUCCAGCAGCCAAGCUCUGCCACCAGGAAUAAUUUCAUCAUGACAACUUUUAAACUCCUCGUUUUGGCAUAAGCCGUUUUUCUCUGUGGGGUGCGUGGAGAGAAAACGCUCAACUUUUACUAGCAGACACCAUCUCUGGCGAAGUUCUUUAGGUGCCAAUUACAAAAGACCUGCGUUGAAGCCUCCGCGGUCACCAGUGACCCUCUUAGCCAGCUUUAAUGUCAACUCUCUGGCUCCAGAGUGGCAGGAAUUACCCCACUUUUAGUCUUCAAUCAGGAGGAAAAGAAGAGCAACACAGCACAAUGCAGAGGUUGACUCAUUUUCAACCCAUGUGCUCUUUUCAAGUUCUGACUGCUCUUUCUUUCUGCUGAAACACAGGGUCAGGACUGUGCGGAUAAAACCCUGAGGGUUUUGACAUUUCAGGGUUUUUUUUCUCCUUUAAUUUUUACUCCUUUUCUGGCUUCAGUGCUUUUUGGAGGGGGGCCCAAAUGAUGGGUUGGUGUUGCUCAGGCAUAUGCAGAGCGCUGGCGCUCCUGGCGCUCCUGUUUGUCUUGCGGGAGAGGGGCUGCUGGGGGCUGAAUCCCACCUCUGGGGAUCUGGAAAAGUCCCCGCACUCUGAUCCAGACCCCUGGGAGGCCCUGCAGAGGCACAAACGCAGCUGGGUAUGGAACCAGUUCUUCGUAUUGGAGGAGUACACAGGAAAUGAACCGCUCUAUGUUGGCAAGCUGCAUUCUGACGUGGACAAAGGAGAUGGAAAGGUGAAGUAUGUCCUAUCUGGUGAGGGCGCCACCUCCAUCUUUACGAUUGAUGAAAACACUGGAGACAUCCAUGCCACGAAGCGCCUUGAUCGAGAGGCCCAGGCUUAUUACACCCUUCAAGCUCAAGCUGUGGACCGAUUCACCAAUAUACCUGUAGAGCCCAAGUCGGAGUUUGUGGUCAAGGUGCAAGACAUCAAUGAUAAUGAACCUAAGUUUCUUGAUGGGCCAUACCUGGCAGGAGUACCAGAGAUGUCACCUUUAGGAACCAUGGUGGUGCAAGUAGCAGCCACAGAUGCAGAUGACCCAACAUAUGGGAACAGUGCCAGGGUGGUCUACAGCAUCAUCCACGGUCAGCCAUACUUCUCAGUGGAGCCAAAGACAGGUGUCAUCAGAACAGCUUUGCCCAACAUGGACCGGGAGACAAGAGACCAGUAUGUGUUGGUUAUCCAGGCAAAAGACAUGGUGGGCCAAAUGGGUGGCCUCUCUGGCACCACCUCUGUCACAGUCACGUUGACCGAUGUCAAUGACAACCCACCGCGGUUCCCUCACAAGAGCUAUCAGUACACAGUGCUGGAGUCACUGCCCGUGCAAUCUGUGGUGGCCAGAAUCAAAGCAGCAGAUGCUGAUAUAGGAUCCAAUGCGGAGAUGGACUACAGGAUCAUGGACGGUGACGGGCCCGGCAUGUUUAACAUAACAACAGACGAGGACACACAAGAGGGGGUUAUUAUCUUGCAAAAGCCUUUGGACUUCGAGACAAAAAGCAGUUUUGCUCUAAGAAUAGAAGCCACAAACAGAAAUAUUGACUCCAACUUCUUGAGCUUGGGCCCAUUUAGCGACACAACAUCAGUGAAGGUGACAGUGGAAGAUGUGAAUGAGCCACCCAUCUUCACCACACCACAUAGCCAGAUGGAUGUUUCAGAGGAUGCCCAAGUGGGCACUUCAAUAGGUAGAGUCUCUGCCCAUGACCCGGAUACCUCCAGCAGUGCAAUAAGGUACUCCAUUGACAGGAACACAGACAUGGAACGCUUCUUUAACGUGGACCCUCUCAGUGGGGUCAUCAGCACAGCUAAAGCUCUGGACCGAGAAGCCAACUCUGUCCAUAACCUCACUAUUCUUGCCAUUGAGAGCCAGGACACGAUGCAAAUUGGGAAAGGCAUCACUCUCAUCACAGUGCGGGACAUAAAUGAUAACGCCCCAGUUUUUGCCAUUGACUAUGAGACUCUCCUCUGUGAAAACACCAUGCCAGGACAGGUUAUUCAGACCAUCAGUGCAGUGGAUAAGGAUGAACCUCCAAGUGGUCAUCGCUUUUAUUUCGCCCUGGCUGCGCCUGUUGCUGGCAACCACAACUUCACUCUGCGAGAUAACAAAGACAACACAGCAUCCAUAUUGACAAAGCGAGGCGGGUUUAGGAGACGUGAGCAGCCUGUGUAUCGACUGCCUGUCUUAAUUGUGGACAGUGGAAGUCCUGCCCUCAGCAGCACAAACACACUGUCAGUGCGAGUGUGUGACUGUGACUCUGACGGCGUGGCCUUGUCUUGUGGAGCAGUGGCCUACACAGCGACUGGCCUGAGCACCGGCGCCCUCCUGGCUAUUCUGGGCUGCAUCAUCACACUUCUGGUGAUGGUUCUACUAAUUGUGACAAUGCGUCGGAGGAGAAAGGAGCCGCUGAUUCUCGAGGAGGAGAGGGACAUCAGAGAGAACAUCGUCCGCUAUGACGAUGAGGGAGGGGGAGAGGAAGACACCGAGGCCUUUGACAUGGUUACCCUACGCAAUCUUAAUGUCAUUAGAGACCCGAAUGUGCGACGAGAUGUCACACCAGAUACGCCUACCUUCUUUCAUUACCCCACAGCUUCCCGUCCGUCCUACAAAUCGCUGCCUGACAAUGUGGUCUUUCGGGAGUUUAUUUGGGAGCGACUGAAGGAUGCUGAUGUGGACCCAUCAGCUCCCCCGUAUGACUCUCUGCAGACAUAUGCUUUUGAAGGCAGUGGCUCUGUAGCUGAGUCACUAAGCUCACUGGAGUCAUUAAGUACAGACUCAGAUCAGAACUAUGACUAUCUCAGCAACUGGGGGCCACGCUUUAAAAAGCUGGCUGAUCUGUAUGGCAACAGCGAUGGUGCAAGUGUCUUCUCAUAGCCCCUAAAUGCCAAUCAUAAUAUUUCUUGGACUUUAAAAUAUACAAGUAAUUUAUUGUCAGAGAAAAUGAUUUUGUCCGCCUUAGUGCACUGGAGGAAAAGAUUCAAAGACAACACUAGAGAUUGAAAGGAAAAACACUUUGACUUCAAAGGUUUGGUUUGUUUACCUCCCUGUAUGGAUUUUCAAAAGAGUGCCAUGGUGAGUUUUGACACAGACUUCAAAAGUGGCUUGACUGAAGAGGAAACCUUGUGUGCAAAAAGACAUUAAAGGUUUCAGAUUUUUUGGGCUCGAGUCCAAUCGUUGACUGCAGAAUGCAUUACAUGUUGGAGCAUUUUUUACGGGGAGGCACCUGUCCUUUCAUUCCAACAAUGGGCAGAGGCCCAGAAAUCUUGCUUUGAUGCAUUCCUCUGCUAUCUUUGUGCUAAAAACAUAAAAGUUUCUCAUGAUAUGCUGUCUUGCUGGCAGCUAAUCAGUAGUCACUUGACUGCUCAUAUGAAAUAUGAGAAAAUUUUAAAUGUAUCCUUUUUUUUUCUCUCUUUGUCGUU